UGGGGCGGCCCGCGGGGCUCUGCCGCCGCCGCUCCGGUAGUCGCGGGGCUCGGCCGGCGGCUGCUGGCGGGGAGAGUCCUUCCCGCGACGCGUGGGCUGACCGCCCUCCAGGGCGGACUUGCGCCCCGGCGCCGCCGCUGAAGGGAGGCAGGCAGGGAGCGGGGAGCCCCCCGCCGGGCCGCGGCGCCUCGCCGGGGAAGUUUGGUGCGGGGCGGGAUCCCGCCGGCCGCGGCGGUGGCGCCGGGUAUGAACGGCUUCGCCCCCGAGGAGGUGACCCAGCGCGGGGCAGACCCCGCCGCCGCGGCGGUGGUGGGCAAUGCGGGCUCCGCCGUGGAGGUGCCGCCGCCGCCAGCUCCGCCGGGGCUAGGUCCGGCCGCCGCCGCCGCCGCGGGCUCGGCGGGCGGCGGGUGCGCGGGCGGCCCCGGGGCCGGGCAGCUGUGCUGCCUGCGGGAGGAGGGGGAGCGAUGCGGCCGCGCCGCCGGCAACGCCAGCUUCAGCAAGCGCAUCCAGAAGAGCAUUUCGCAGAAGAAGGUGAAGAUCGAGCUGGACAAGAGCGCAAGACAUCUGUACAUUUGUGACUUCCACAAAAAUUUAAUUCAGAGUGUGAGAAAUAGAAGGAAGAGGAAAGGCAGCGAUGAUGACGGUGACUCACCAGUGCAAGACAUCGACACUCCAGAGGUUGAUUUAUAUCAGUUACAAGUAAACACACUUCGAAGGUACAAAAGACACUUCAAGCUACAGACCAGACCGGGACUUAACAAAGCACAGCUUGUUGAAAUAAUUGGCUGCCACUUUAGGACAAUUCCAGUGAAUGAAAAGGACACCUUAACAUACUUCAUCUACUCAGUGAAGAAUGACAAGAACAAACCAGAUCUAAAGAUGGAUAGUGGGAUUCAUUAGGCAGAAAAGGUUGGGACUGAGACUCAGGCUGCAAAUGAAAAGACUGAGGUUUUGUUGAUAUGCAAAAGCUUUCUUUGUAACUUUUUCUCCUGAGAGAGUUUGUCUGUUUUAUUUUUCAUAACCUUGCUGAUUUGUUUGAAAACCAUCUCUUAUGAAACAAAUUUCCUCAGCAAAAUUAUUUUAAAUAAAUAUCACUGAUAUUGUUGCUCAAA